CCAUUCAUGGAGUUAGAGUGAGAGAGUCCUUUUGAUGCACCAAAGAAGACGACUCUGCCCUGCGUUAACCCCCACUCCUCCAUACACUAACUGCAAAACCGAAGUGAAAGCGACCCAUUAUUCACUUUGGCAUAGAGUAGAGUCACAGAGAUUAAAGAUAAACAACGUAGAAAGAGAAAGUUGAGAGAGAGAGAGCUGAGGUUGCAGGUUUUAUUGCAGAGGUCUGGCAGAUCGUUUUUUAACUUUAUCUAUGAAAUAAUUCUCUCUCUCUAGCUGUUCUCUCUCUGAUCUCUUUCUCACAGUGGUGUAUUUAGAGCGCUACGCUGCCAGAGGGAUGUGAUUGAACACGAAAAAGCUCAGCUCUUCCUGCUGAUGAAUUUCAUUACCCCAGAUAAAAGUUUUUUCCUGUUUUAAAAGAACCCCCACCAGGCACCAAGAACUCUCAUAAACCCAGUCUUGCGCUCACCCUUAUCUUCAGGCAUUUCCAUGUCCGCGAGUCCAAGAAGAAAAGGUUUUCUUAGGGGUGUCCGCGGAGUAUCUGUCCUCUGAGUUUUCAAAUGUUUUCCAUAAAACCAGAGAGCUUGUAAAGGGUGGUUGAAAUAAGUCGUUACUUGUGACGGGUCGGGUGCAAAAUGAGGUUUCUUGGGAGGGCAGUUAUAUCAUAUCCAGUUGAUCUCCUUCUCCUUGCCUUUUUGUUCUGUCUCAGCUUUGCCUCGGUAGAUUCCGACGACGGGGCAACACUGUUGGAGAUAAAGAAGUCCUUCAGGGAUGUGGACAAUGUUCUAUAUGAUUGGACAGAUUCGCCAUCUUCAGAUUAUUGUAUUUGGAGAGGGGCCACCUGUGACAAUGUCACCUUCCAUGUCAUUGCGCUUAAUCUGUCCGGUCUGAAUCUCGAUGGAGAAAUCUCACCUGCAAUGGGGGAUCUUAAAAGCCUGCUUACCAUUGACCUAAGAGGAAACCGUCUGUCUGGGCAGAUACCAGAUGAGAUUGGCGACUGUGCUUCUUUGAAAAGCCUGGACUUGUCAUUUAAUGAGAUAUAUGGAGACAUACCAUUUUCGAUCUCAAAGUUGAAGCAACUGGAAUAUCUAAUCUUGAAAAAUAAUCAGCUGAGUGGACCCAUUCCUUCAACCUUGUCCCAGAUUCCGAACCUGAAAGUUUUAGAUCUGGCUCAAAAUAAUCUCAGUGGAGAAAUACCCCGGCUUAUUUACUGGAAUGAAGUCUUGCAGUAUCUUGGUUUGCGAGGGAACAAUUUAGUGGGUACACUCUCUACAGAUAUAUGCCAAUUAACUGGGUUAUGGUACUUCGAUGUAAGAAACAACAGCUUGACUGGCAGUAUUCCUCAAAAUAUAGGAAAUUGCACUGCAUUCCAGGUCUUGGACUUGUCCUACAACCAGCUAACUGGAGAAAUUCCAUUCAAUAUUGGGUUCUUGCAAGUAGCCACGUUGUCAUUGCAGGGUAAUAGACUUACAGGGCGAAUGCCAUCAGUGAUUGGUCUGAUGCAGGCACUUGCUGUUUUAGACCUGAGCUGCAACAUGUUAAGUGGACCAAUUCCUCCAAUUUUGGGAAAUUUGACUUACACUGAGAAAUUGUAUUUACAUGGCAACAAGCUGACUGGAUUUAUUCCCCCAGAGCUCGGAAACAUGACCAAGCUUCAUUAUCUGGAAUUGAAUGAUAAUCAUCUUUCUGGGCGCAUUCCACCAGAGCUUGGGAAGCUCACUGAUCUGUAUGACCUAAAUAUUGCUAACAAUAAUCUUGAAGGGCCCAUCCCUGAUAAUAUUAGCUCAUGUACAAAUCUGAACAGUCUAAAUGUGCAUGGUAACAAGUUGAAUGGAACCAUCCCACUUGCUUUACAGAGACUGGAGAGUAUGACAUAUCUAAAUCUUUCCUCCAACAAUCUCGGGGGCUUCAUUCCAAUUGAACUAUCUCGGAUUGGAAAUUUAGAUAAUUUGGACAUCUCUAAUAACAAAAUUAGUGGCUCCAUUCCUUCUUCACUUGGUGAUUUGGAACAUCUUCUAAAGCUGAACUUAAGCAGAAAUCAUUUAACAGGAUUUAUUCCGGCAGAGUUUGGUAAUCUAAGAAGUGUUAUGGACAUAGAUCUUUCUAAUAAUCGUCUCUCGGGGUUGAUACCUCAAGAACUUAAUCAGCUUCAAAGCAUGUUCUCAUUGAGACUAGAAAACAACAAUUUUUCAGGGGAUAUAAUGCCACUGAUCAACUGCCUCAGUCUUACUGUACUCAAUGUAUCAUAUAACAAUCUAGUUGGUGAUAUUCCUACAAGCAAUAACUUCUCACGGUUUUCGCCUGACAGUUUUGUUGGAAAUCCUGGUCUCUGUGGCUCUUGGCUGAAUUUACCAUGUCAUGAGUCUCAUCCCACAGAGCGAGUCACAAUAUCAAAAGCAGCUAUUCUGGGAAUUGCUCUUGGUGCCCUUGUGAUUCUUCUCAUGAUCUUAGUGGCAGCAUUCCGUCCACACAGGCCCGCACAUUUUCAAGAUGGGUCACUUGACAAACCAGUUAAUUACUCGACAACAAAGCUAGUGAUCCUUCACAUGAAUUUGGCACUUCAUGUGUACGAUGAUAUCAUGCGAAUGACAGAAAACUUGAGUGAGAAGUAUAUAAUUGGUUAUGGUGCGUCAAGCACAGUAUACAAAUGUGUGCUUAAGAAUUGCAAGCCAGUUGCUAUCAAGAAGCUCUACUCCCACUAUCAGUGCUUGAAGGAAUUCGAGACAGAACUUGAGACUGUAGGAAGUAUAAAGCAUCGGAAUCUGGUUGGCCUCCAAGGAUACUCCUUGUCUCCCUCUGGGAACCUUCUCUUCUAUGACUACAUGGAAAAUGGUAGUCUCUGGGAUCUCCUUCAUGGCCCUACCAAAAAGAAAAAGCUUGAUUGGGAUACCCGUCUUCAGAUAGCACUUGGCGCAGCACAAGGUCUGGCGUAUUUGCACCAUGAUUGCAGCCCCCGCAUCAUCCACAGGGAUGUUAAGUCAUCUAACAUCCUAUUGGACAAGGAUUUUGAGGCCCAUCUCACUGAUUUUGGUAUUGCCAAGAGCCUGUGCACCUCAAAGUCCCAUACUUCCACUUACAUAAUGGGCACUAUUGGCUAUAUAGACCCUGAGUAUGCACGUACCUCCCGCCUCACUGAGAAGUCGGAUGUCUAUAGCUAUGGCAUUGUUCUACUUGAGUUGCUGACAGGGAGGAAAGCUGUCGAUAACGAAUCCAAUCUUCAUCAUCUGAUCUUAUCUAAGACGGCCAACAAUGCUGUCAUGGAAACUGUUGAUCCUGAGAUCACUGCCACAUGUAAGGACCUAGGAGCAGUAAAGAAGAUCUUUCAGCUAGCUCUUCUAUGCACUAAGAGACAGCCAUCAGAUCGGCCAACCAUGCAUGAAGUAACGCGUGUUCUGGGCAGUCUUGUGCUAGCCACCACACCACCAAAACAACCAACCCCAAGCCCACCUGCGAAUGCGACACUCCCGUCUUCGAAAGUACCUUGCUACAUGGAUGAGUAUGCAAAUCUCAAGACUCCACACAUGUUGAAUUGCCCAUCAAUGAGCACCUCAGAUGCCCAACUCUUUGUCAAGUUCGGAGAGGUAAUUUCUCAGAACAGCGAGUGAAGGGUCUGUUAGAAUCUAAAGCCUGAUAAGCAAACGUAUGAAAGAUAUGUUAGUGAGAUAUUGACAGGAUCAGUUAAUUGAAAAAUGUGUAAAUAUUUUGGUACUACUUGGCUUAGCUGGAAAAUGGGAAAAUACAGACAUUAUCAAUUAUACUUUUAAAGGCCUGGUACCUGAAUUCGUAUUCAGAUGUGAAAUUAGAAUAAUGAUAGCCUUAUCAUUAUUUUAUCA